GGGAUCCGACGACGACUGCCUCAUCUUUCAUUCAGAAAAAAACAGCUCGUGAAAAAGGCGAAACAGAAAACCUGACGCUGCCGCCCAGACUCCCGUCACGAUGAUCCACAGCUUGUUCCUGAUCAACGCGUCGGGGGAUAUUUUCCUGGAGAAGCACUGGAAGAGCGUGGUGAGCCGCUCCGUGUGCGACUACUUCUUCGAGGCGCAGGAGCGCGCCACGGAGCCGGAGAACGUGCCGCCCGUGAUCCCCACGCCGCACCACUACCUCAUCAGCGUGCUCCGACACCGCAUCUACUUCGUGGCCGUGAUCCAGAGCGAAGUGCCGCCGCUCUUCGUCAUCGAGUUCCUGCACAGAGUCGUGGACACGUUCCAGGACUACUUCGGCGUGUGCACGGAGGCGGCCAUCAAGGACAACGUGGUGGUGGUGUACGAGCUGCUGGAGGAGAUGCUGGACAACGGCUUUCCUCUCGCCACCGAGUCCAACAUCCUCAAAGAGCUGAUCAAGCCCCCCACCAUCCUCCGCACCAUGGUCAACACCAUCACAGGCAGCACCAACGUGGGGGAGCAGCUCCCGACCGGCCAGCUCUCCGUGGUGCCGUGGCGACGCACCGGCGUCAAAUACACCAACAACGAGGCUUACUUUGACGUGGUGGAAGAGAUCGACGCCAUCAUCGACAAAUCAGGCUCCACCAUCACCGCAGAAAUCCAGGGCGUUAUCGACGCCUGCGUCAAACUGACCGGCAUGCCAGAUCUCACUCUGUCUUUCAUGAAUCCUCGGCUGCUGGACGACGUCAGUUUCCACCCGUGCGUUCGGUUCAAGCGCUGGGAGGCCGAGCGGAUCCUCUCCUUCAUCCCCCCUGAUGGAAACUUCCGGCUGCUCUCCUACCACGUCAGCUCUCAGAACCUGGUGGCCAUCCCCGUGUACGUGAAGCACAACAUCACGUUCCGGGAGGGAAGUUCUCAGGGCCGGUUUGACUUGACUCUGGGCCCCAAACAGACGAUGGGGAAGGCGGUGGAGUCGGUGCUGGUGAGCAGCCAGCUGCCCCGGGGCGUCCUCAACGUCAGCCUCAACGCCACGCAGGGAACAUACACCUUCGACCCCGUCACUAAGUUGUUGACGUGGGAUGUGGGUAAGAUCAACCCGCAGAAGCUUCCCAGUCUGAAAGGCACCAUGAGUCUGCAGGCCGGAGCCUCUAAACCCGACGAGAACCCGUCCAUUAACAUCCAGUUCAAGAUCCAGCAGAUGGCCAUCUCAGGACUGAAGGUGAACCGGCUGGACAUGUACGGGGAAAAGUACAAACCUUUCAAAGGCAUCAAGUACAUGACCAAGGCCGGGAAGUUCCAGGUCCGUACAUAAAGACUGCUGCUCCGUGAACACUGGACCAAACCCCCGGGCGACUGCAUGGACGGGUCUUUAUGCAUUCGCCUACCGAGGUUCACCCGCGUAAGAUUGGAGGAUCAUUGUAGCAGUUUACAAACGGACUAUUUCACACAGAAAUAAAACCACUGUCGUCUGCUGGUUGAGAGCUCUGAGGGAGUGAGGAAAAGCUUGAGCCAAGUGUCCUAAAUCAUUUCUUUCUUUAACCAGGCCGAGCCCAGGACAACACAACCAGUAUUUCUCCCCAAUAUCCACUGCUGUUUAGUGUUUUCAGAGUUAGUCAGAAUUCAGUCCCAGCUUUUUAUAAACUCUUAUAAAUCGAUCAACAUCCCGGGCUCCGUCUGACUCAAAUGAAUCUGGUUUUUCCACUGGAAGUUUGUCGACCGGUUCAUUUGAGCAGAUUAUUGCAUCGUGUGCUGAGCAGUUCAUCAUACGUGAUGAAAGAUUACUGCAUGAUGAAAAUUCUGUUUUGUUACAUCAAAGAAUCUCUGCAAGCGACUACAAAAGUGUAACAACCGGGUAGCGCCUGAAAUUGGGUCAGAAAAUGGUUUAGGUGGAUAUGUUUCU